AGUGGGCUUGUUUAUCCCACUUCAAGUCCUAGCGUGUAGGCUUCUUAAAAAAAAAAAAAGUGAUAGGUUUCUUUUCCCGUUAUUGAAUAAGAUCAUGUUUUCUGUUAGGAGCGCGCCUCAGUAAAAAUAAAAUGGCAAGGAGCUUGARGUGAUUGUCGAGAGUGAGUGCGCGUCAAAAACUUGACUGUGCCGUAUGCGCGCGCUCGCUACUCACAAGAAUGCGUGUCUGCUCGGCUUCUUUCUCUCAACCCUUUAGAUGAGAAAGGGAUAGGGAGAAGGGGAAGAGGCUGUUGAGGGAAAUAAAUGAGCUUCAAAACCACAGAAAGCAGCCACGGUCGGAAGGUUUUGGAUUGGCAAAAGGGCAGAGCUGAGACUAGAAUCAAUUAAAACCGAGUCAAUCCCGUUACAACGGGCAGCGUUAUAAUAAUACCAAGGUCAAUACACUGAACGAGCGCACAAACCCACGUCAUUUAACGUCUUAGACUGGGUACUGAAUUCGGAGACGGGGAAAUCACCACCAGCAGCAGCUGAAGAUGGAGGGGGUGAUGCAGGGGAUGCAAGCGUACGGUGCGGGGAAGGCUGGAGGAGCCUUCGACCCAUUGACGUUCUUUCAACAGCCUCAAACGAUCCUUCGGCUUGUGUGCUGGCUCUUCUCCAUCGUGAUCUUUGGCUGUAUAGCCAACGAGGGCUAUGUGAACCGGCCUGACGAGAUUGAGGAGUUCUGCAUCUUCAACAGGAACCAGAAUGCCUGUAACUACGCAGUGGGGAUGGGAACCCUGGCUUUCCUAAGCUGUGCUGCCUUCCUGGUCCUGGACGUCUACUUCCCCCAGAUCAGCAGCGUCAAGGACCGCAAGAAGGCUGUGCUUGCUGACAUUGGAGUGUCUGCAUUCUGGUCAUUUGUCUGGUUUGUGGGGUUCUGUUUCCUGGCCAACCAGUGGCAGGUUGCCAAGGAGGAGGACAACCCUCUAAGGGAGGGUGCGGACGCAGCCCGAGCCGCCAUUACCUUUGCCUUCUUCUCCAUCUUCACCUGGGGUGCUCUGACACUGCUGUCCCUGGAGAGGAUAAAGAGAGUGUCGUUCGAAGAAGAGUAUGACAAACUGUUCAUUCCAUAGCCCACACCACCGCUAGCCUAAUGAUAGAUAUCCUGACCCUCACUUUCUUUAUUUCYCUCACACCAACUUCCCAUCCAGGCUGUGUCUGAAUGAUGUCCUCCUUAGAUGGCCAAACACAUUGAAAGGAGUACCUUGUGUWUGUUUACUAUGAUUGGCUAGUGUUUACAGCUAGGAUCCGCUUGCUAGAUUCAGAUUGCCCUUCCAAAGUGCCUUGAUAUCAAACCAUUGCCAAAAAUGAGUGUCUUUGUGGGGUUAAAACAGUGGRACUCUACUGUUGACAUAUCAGGUUCUCAUUGCCUGGCAUAGUAAUCCACCAUUUUAGCUAUGUUCACCUUUGCUGGUUGUCUCAAUUCAUUUUAAUGUAAAGUAUUAUUUUGAUAAAAUCAUUUGAUUUCAUGGUACCAUUCAAUUUAGAUUUGAACAUUUUCUGUAGGGCCACUUUGCAUGGUUGGGAUCAAUCAGGAAAUUAUUAGAAAGUGAUAAAAAUGUACAGAGUUCAUACCAAUUUGACCUUGUUAGAUUGUAUCUUAGAUAUGUAGUAAUUGUUCACAUUUUAUUUCAAUGCCAACACUACAAAUCUGUGAAGGAAAAGCUAUGACCUCUUUUCACCUCCUCUCCCUAAUCUAGCCUUAUGCUUCCCCAUACACACAUGCCACAGCUGUAGCUAACUACUACAGCUUAAUGACAUGCAUUUAGUGUUACCAGGUCCAGCUGGCUGCAACCACUAUGUGAAUCUGUCUUUUAUAUUGUAUUAUGAGUUAGGAUUAAAAUACGAUUUAUUUUA